AUGGGAGAAGAGAAUAAGCAACGUCGAGAUGGCCAUGGCGGAAAGAACAAGUACGCCGUGGCGUGCUCCAUUAUCGGUUCCAUCAUCUCCAUCCUCAUGGGCUACGACACGGGCGUCAUGAGCGGCGCGAUGCUGUUCAUCAAGGAGGACCUCAAGACCAACGACACGCAGGUCCAGGUCCUCGCCGGCAUCCUCAACGUCUGCGCCCUCGUCGGCUCCCUCACGGCCGGCCGCGUUUCCGACUGGAUCGGCCGCCGCCGCACCAUCUCCCUCGCGGCCUGCAUCUUCCUCGCGGGGUCAGUCCUCAUGGGACUCUCGCCUAACUUCGGUACGCUCCUGGCAGGACGCUGCGUGGCCGGCGUCGGCGUCGGAUACGCGCUCAUGAUCGCGCCCGUCUAUGCGGUUGAGAUUUCGUCCGCACAGAUCCGCGGCUCCGUCACCUCGCUGCCCGAGAUCUGCAUCAGUUUCGGCAUCCUGAUUGGGUAUGUGGCCAACUACCUGCUAGCCAAGCUGCCGCUGGUCUACGGCUGGCGCGCCAUGCUGGGGCUCGGCGCGCUACCGAGCGCCGUGCUCGCAGUCAGCGUGCUCGCGAUGCCGGAGUCGCCCCGGUGGCUCGUCAUGCAGGGCCGCGUCGAGCAGGCCCUCGCCGUGCUCAGGCGCGUGUCCGACACUGCGGACGAGGCCGACGUGCGGCUCGCGGAGAUCAAGACCGCGGCGGGGCUGGCGGCAGAUGACGCCGCCGCCGAAGACGAAGGCGCACCCCGCCAAACGAGAGGUGUCGUCGUCGGCAAGGGCGUGUGGAAGGAGAUGUUCCUGCACCCAACGCCCCCCGUCCGGCGUAUCCUCGUCGCGGCCUUCGGAGUCCACUUCUUCCAGCACCUCACGGGAAUCGAGGCCGUGGUCCUAUACAGCCCUCGCAUCUUUAAGGCAGCCGGCAUCGCCACUCGCAGAGACAUCCUUGCAGCGACCAUCGGCGUGGGCGUCACCAAGACGGUGUUCAUCAUGACAGCCAUCCUGCUAGUCGACCGCAUCGGGCGGAGGCCGCUCUACCUCUCGAGCCUGGCGGGCAUCAUCGCCUCGCUUGCCUGCCUCGGUCUUGGCCUCACCGUCGUGGAGCGCUCGGCGCCGCGCCACUCGCCGACGUGGGCUGUGGUGCUGUCCAUCGCAACGGUGUUCACCUUCAUAGCGUCCUUCUCCGUCGGCGUGGGGCCCAUCACGUGGGCCUACAGCUCGGAGGUGUACCCGCUCCGGCUGCGCGCGCAGGGCGCCAGCGUCGGCGUGGCCAUCAACCGCGUCAUGAACGCCGGCGUCUCUAUGACGUUCGUGUCGCUGUACAAGGCGGUGACCAUCGGCGGUGCCUUCUUCCUGUUCGCGGGGCUGGCCGUGCUGGCGGCCACGUUCUUCUACUUCCUCUGCCCGGAGACGCAGGGCCGGCCACUGGAGGAGAUCGAGGAGGUGUUCAGCCGUGGGUGGUGCACGCGGCUCCCGUCAUCGGAGGCAGCUGUCGUGGAGCUUCCAGUGUCCAACGUCACCGACGGCAACGGCAAAGCGCGGCCGUGA